GUUGGUUUGUCAUCCGCCAAUAAACUCAAAGAAGAAGAAGAAGAAGAAGCGACGAUCACAAAUCACCCAUCAAACUGUAGCAACUGAAAGUCAAUUUUACCUUUAUGAAACAUAAUUUUGUCUAAAUUUAGACUAAUAUUACAAUUUAAUUAGCUUAGGCAAACGAGUUAAAUUGCUCUAAGAGUUAUAACUGCCGAUAUAUGACACCAAAAUAUUAGCUUAGCAUUAGCAAGCCAACUAGCUUAGCUUCUGCAGACGACGUAAGCUAGCUUUGAGUUUAUUGACAAAAACAAACAACAAUGUCGGACGAUUAUGAAUUCAGCGAGGAUUCGACCAUGAUGCGAAUGGAAGAGGACGGAGAGGCAACCAGCGAUGACCCGAUGAUGUCUGCGCCCGGAGACUGUGGCCUGAUGGGGGGCGAGGCCGAGGGGUCGAAAAUAGACGCCAGUAAAAACGAGGAGGAUGAUGGGAAGAUGUUUGUUGGGGGGCUCAGCUGGGACACGACUAAGAAGGACCUGAAAGAUUACUUCUCUAAGUAUGGAGAGGUUGUAGACUGCACACUGAAACUGGACCCCAUGACCGGCCGCUCACGGGGCUUCGGCUUUGUGCUCUUCAAAGAACCUGACAGUGUUGACAAGGUUGUUACACAUAAGGAACAUAAACUCAAUGGAAAGGUCAUUGACCCCAAAAAAGCCAAGGCCAUGAAGAGCAAGGAGCCCGUGAAGAAGAUCUUUGUUGGGGGUCUCUCUCCAGACACUCCUGAGGAGAAAGUCAGAGAGUACUUUGGUGCCUUCGGAGAGCUGGAGUCCAUUGAACUUCCCAUGGAGAACAAAACCAACAAAAGAAGAGGCUUCUGCUUCAUAACAUACAAAGAGGAGGAGCCAGUGAAGGGCAUCAUGGAGAAAAAGUACCACAAUAUUGGACUAAGCAAGUGUGAAAUAAAAGUGGCAAUGUCCAAGGAACAGUACCAGCAGCAGCAGUACUGGGGAGGAAGAGGCGGAUACUCGUCCAGGUCUCGAGGAAGAGACGGUGGUCCCAAUCAAAAUUGGAACCAGGGUUACGGCAACUACUGGAAUCAAGACUAUGGGAAUUAUGGGAAUUACGGGAAUUACGGUUACUGUAAUCAAGGCUACGGAGGCUACGGCGGCUACGAUUACCCCGGUUACAACAACUAUUACGGAUACGGUGACUACAACAAUGCUGUCCCACACGUUUAGAUCAAUCCGGCGGAUACGGCAAGUCGCCGCGGCGCGGUGGUCACACCAACAAUUACAAGCCGUAUUAACGGAGGAAAAACACUCGUCUUCAAGUAGGUAUGUAAAGACAGAAAUACACCCGUUACUUUGAAUUUAAAGUAGUUAUAUUUAAUUUGCUGUUUGGUAACAUUUUGUAUAAUUUCCUCUUGUAAAUUUCUUUUUCUCAGCACCGUCAAGUGCUUUACAGUAGUGGUAACAUAGAGGCUACACACGUGUGCCGAUUAUUUUAACAGCCGGCCUUCUGCUGCCUCUUUUGCACCUUCUCUUUUUCUUUUUUUUUAAUCUGUAACGUUAACAGGUAAAGUACUGCUACUACAGUAAAUGGAUGCCAAAGUUAAGGAUGUGCAAGGAAACAGAAAAGGAAGUAUGUUGUCUCCUAACUCUGACAUACCUUGUUUGUACCUGCCAGCGGAGCUUCCUUGCAGGCCAUGAGCUGACUCCCAGAUACUCUCAGGGCCCGCUCAAUGCGGACCGGGUACGAGAAGCAUACGCUCUCGAAUGCUGCCAUUUGGUAUGGUCUUACAACAUCCUGUAUCCGCACUUCUAAACUAAACAACAUGGGACACGUCCAGCUUUGUCAUCUUUCUUUCCAUUCUUUUAUUUGUUUGCAGCUGUUUGUAAUGUAAAACUUAAACAGAUAUACACAUGUAAUUGUCAUUUUUUACAGGCCCUUACUUCCCCCACAAGUAAUGAUUCUAAAUAUGUUAAUUUAACUAUUUGCUUUUCAAAGGAUACGCACAGCAUCCAGUUCCUAUUGUUAAUAUAUGCAUUUCCUAAUCUCAUCUACAUGCUUGUUUCUUGAGCUCUUGUAGCGAGUAGUCCAUGAGCUAAAACCUGGUUGGAGACGGUGUUUGGGGGAUGAAGUGCUUUACUUUGUCUACAUGUACUGCUCUGUUUUGUGUUACUCACAGCGAUGGAAGAGACUCCUCUUUUUUUCUUAAUUUUCCUGUAACAAAUUUUCCUCUUAUAACCUUUUGUAAAACAAGAAGUUUCCAGAAAAUUUGCAUGUAAUGUUUUCUGUAAUGUGUAUUUCUAUUUCACCAAUCGAAGGUUUCUUCCAUUCAGUAGUUUGACUUCUUCAAUUUAUUGCACUUCAGGAAUUCUAGCUUAUGGACUAACUUUUUAACUGUAACAUGUUAAAUUAAUUGUUCUCGGUUUGUUUGUUUUGACAUUGGACAUUUUAAACACGGGGGAUUCCUGUUUGUUUCUGAGCUGAAGCUGAUCUGUGUUCGUUUGUUCUUCAUAGGUUUCAGAGCAGUGAGCUGGUGGAGCGAAGGCCAGAGAAAGAGAGAUGAUGAUGAUGAUGAUGAUGAUGGUGGUGAUGAUGGUGGUAUCCAGCAAAGAUCACUGAGCUGAGUGUAAGAGAAUAACGAAGAGCACUUUGACCUGCAGUACACUUCCUCUACGUUUACCGGAGUAUUUGUGUUGUAUCUUAACAAAAAAACAACGUUGUUGGUGUUUUGCAUUUAUUUAGAUCGCUGCAAAGAGUUAGCAGCUUGCGUUCCUCUUCCCUUCUUGUUUUUUGUAUUUAAUGUUCUCAGAUGCUAUUCGUGAAUUUGUUUGUUACACAACUGAGAUGUUUGAUCGGUUGGAACAGAUCACACAUUAUUUAUAUAUAUAUAUAUAUUUAUAUAUAUAUAUAUAUUUAGUGCAAAGAAUGCAGACCAAAGCAGUGUUACAAUUGAUCCUCUUUAUCGUAGUCUUCAGUCAUAAAAUACACAUAAUUACAGAGUUCAUCAGUCAAACAUGAAGCUUAUAUACACACAGGUAAUUGGACAUUAAGAAAUGCGAUAAAAUAAAAAUAAACAUUUGGAUUUGUGAUCCUUUUUGUGAAAUAUUAAUAUUACGUCACAUGUUAGUGGAGUGUUCAAGGAAGUAUUUCAGUCAAGUUUCUAACAAUUGAUCUUCUCAUCUGUAGCUUUAUCGCAGCCUAAUCAAUAAGCCUGCAGUUGUGCACCCUUUGAAUUUAAAUAAAUAUUUUGCUCUUGUUUGUUUGAGCUGAAAUGACCAGA